GAAGGGAGGGAGGGAGGGGAGGGAGGGAAGGGAAGGAGGGAGGGAGGGGAAAGGGAGGGAAGGGAAGGAGGGAGGGAGGGGGAGGAGGGAGGGAAGAGAGGGAGGGAGGGGGAGAGGAGGAGGGAGGGAAGGGAGGGAAGGGAAGGAGGGAGAGGAGGGAGGAAGGGAGGGAAGGGAGGGAGGGAGGGAGGGAGGGAGGGAAGGGAGGGAGGGAAGGGAGGGGAGGGAGGGUAGAGAGGAAGGGAAGGGAGGGAGGGAGGGAAGGGAGGGAAGGGAGGGAGGGUCGAGUUAGGAAAGUAA